AUGAGCUGCAGAGGAGCUCAGAGCACGGAGGGAGGCGAGAGGAAGGAGCCCGCCGGAGCGGUGCGCGCCGUCCCCCGCUGCCCCAGCCCCGGUGCCCGCUUAUCCCUCCGGCUCACGUCCCCGCUGUCGUUACUGACUGCCAGGACGAAACCGGAGCUAAACUGUAUGCAAAUAGCUAUAAUAUGCAUCUGUAUCAUUUCCAGUACAAGGUACCUGGGAAUAACGAGACCUCUUACGUACCCUGUAAGGCAGAAUGGGAAGUGUAUGGCCAAAAUGAUCCUGUGUGUUUGGCUCUUAUCUGCCUCUAUCACUAUACCCCCUCUCUUCGGUUGGGCCCAAAAUGUAAAUGAUGAAAAGGUUUGUUUGAUCAGUCAAGACUUCGGCUACACCAUUUACUCCACAGCAGUUGCGUUUUAUAUUCCAAUGUCAGUGAUGCUUUUCAUGUACUAUCAGAUUUACAAAGCUGCCAAGAGGAGUGCCGCUAAACACAAGUUUGCUGGUUUUCCCCGGCAAGAGGAAAUGGAAGGGAUUUCUAUGAAUGGAGUUGUAAAACUGCACAAAGAAUCUGAAGAAUGUACUAAUUUUUCACGACUCCUAAAGCACGACAAGAAAAACAUUUCCAUCUUUAAAAGAGAACAGAAAGCGGCCACUACGCUUGGGAUUAUCGUUGGGGCUUUCACUGUCUGCUGGCUGCCCUUCUUCCUCCUCUCCACCGCCAGGCCCUUCAUCUGUGGGACAGCGUGCAGCUGUAUCCCGCUGUGGGUCGAGAGAACAUUUCUAUGGUUGGGUUACGCAAACUCUCUCAUUAACCCUUUUAUAUAUGCCUUCUUCAAUCGAGACCUAAGGACAACUUAUCGCAACCUCCUGCAAUGCAGAUAUAGGAAUAUCAACCGGAAACUGUCAGCUGCAGGGAUGCAUGAGGCUCUGAAGCUUGCAGAAAAGCCAGAAUUUGUUCUGUAAGGUUACUCAUCCUUUACUAUGAUAAUUUAUCGUUUUAUCACGUUAGCUUUCCCCCCACAGAUAUGAAAGAAGAGUUAUGGGAAGAACCAGGCUUCUUGAGCACUGUCAAUGCAGUCGUCAAGAAACUGGAAGGUAGCAAGGUUAAUUCCUGCACAGCCCAC